GCUAGAGUCAGUAAAAAUAUUGUUUGAAAAAUUAUUUGAAAAACUAGAUACAGGCUUGUGUGAACAUCUUAUAUUUUCGUCAGAAACUGUUGAGAGUUCAACUUCAAAGUUCCCAGAAGUGGUGAACAAAUCACCUAUGAGUAUCAAAUCGGAACACAACAAAGUCAAUGUCAUUAUACAGAAUAGGGUUCAUGCUCCAAUAGCUAGUUUAGAGUGUAUGGAAGAAGGAAUGAUGUCCAUCGACAGUCCAUUGAUGUCUAACCCUUUCUGUAGACAGGCUUCACUAUCAAAUCUGAGUGGCCUCCGAUACAGAAACCUAGGAAAAUCAGGACUUCGUAUAUCCAAUAUUGGUUUAGGCACAUGGGUGACAUUUGGUUCACAAAUUUCAGAAGAGGUUGCAGAAGAAAUUUUGACAUUAGCAUAUGAAAGUGGAAUAAAUAUAUUUGAUACAGCAGAUGUGUAUGCGAGUGAAAGAGCAGAAAUUAUUCUUGGUAACAUCCUGAAGAAAAAGGGAUGGAGGAGAUCUUCCUAUGUCAUAACAACAAAGCUGUUUUGGGGGGGAAGACCAGACACAGAAAGAGGACUUUCAAGGAAGCAAAUCAUAGAAGGACUGACAGAAUCAUUGGAAAGGCUGCAGCUCAACUGUGUUGAUAUCUUGCUCAUAAAUAAAGCAGACCCGAUGUGUCCCAUGGAAGAAGUUGUUAGAGCAUGCACUUAUUGUGUUAACCAAGGACUGACAAUGUACUGGGGUACCUCUCGUUGGUCUUCAGUAGAAAUAAUGGAAGCUUACACUGUAGCUCGACAAUUUAAUCAGAUACCACCUGUAGUAGAGCAGACAGAGUACCACAUGUUUCAGAGGGAAAAGGUGGAACUGUUUCUUCCUGAACUUUUUCACAAAAUUGGAAUGGGAACUAUGACCUGGUCACCUCAGGCUUUUGGAUUGUUAACAGGAAAAUUUGAUGAAGGAAUUCAACUUCUUUCAAGAGGAUCUGUUCGGAAUUUCUCAGCCUUGCAGGACAAGUUUGGCUCUGAAGAAAGCAGGAGUCCUCAUCACCAGUCUAAAAUGUAUGAAAUAUCUCUUAUUGCUGAGAAGCUUGGCUGCACUGCAACACAACUCGCAAUUGCUUGGUGCUUGAAGAAUGAAAAUAUUCACUGUGUCCUUGUGAGUGCUUCUACACCAGAACAGCUGGACGAACAUCUUCACUCCCUCCAGAUUGCUCCACAUCUAAAUGCUCUCAUCAUGAGUGAAAUUGAAAAGGUUUUGGAGAACAAACCAGAGCGGCAACCCUUUAUCAGGUGACUAGAAGCACAAAAAGAUUCCUGGCCAUCCAAGAAUAUUAGACAUUCUUCCUCAAUGGCUGCUCUAAAGGAAAACUCCCCUUGUGAGGAGGAUGCCUCGGGGGGUGACAGGAGCAGUUCUGGGGGCACACACACUCAGCAGUUUAGUAACAUGGGGCAUUUACUCGAUAGAUGUAUGAAUGCCUGUGUGUUGCAGUGAAAAAUAUUAAUAUCUAAAUUUAUCUGUGUAUUUAUAAAGAUUUAUGACAAGAUAUGGGUUGUUUAUUAGGUGAUUAAAAAUUGUUUUUUAGUCAUAUUAUUUUAUUGCCAUCAAAAUGUGAACAUCUAUUAUCAUUUAUGUGUAUUCCACUUUUGUUAACUUCUGGUUUUCAUGCAUGUAAUGUACAUGAUUGUGUUUUAAUUUAUUAGUUUUCAUUAGUCUUUUCCUUCUACACUGCUUUUAAUCUACAAAUGCCUGUUGUAUUAGUCACACUGUGGUGUGGUUUUAUGCACUGCUCUAGUUACAAACUAUAACUUUUCAUCUUGAACCUAAUAUUUGUGCACUAGCUAACAUUUAUUUUUCAUCUUUAGAUAGAUAAACUUUUACAAAAUUUUUAAUACUCAAGCAAAAGGGUUCCACCCCCCUGCAGUGGCUAAGCAGUAAGGCUAAGUGUUUAUAAUGCUAAAAAUUGGGUUGUAAUAUAAACAGUGAGAAGAGCACAGAUGGCCCAUUGUGUA